AUGAAUGGUGCUUAUGCAAAUGGAGGCAGUGAUGAUCGAAAUGAUUCAACUCGAAUAGCAUCCUAUCGAUCGGCUGUUAGUCGAGAUCAUACACGACCACCUUAUCGUACAAAGCAAAAACGUAUUGGUAAUGAAAUUGAUUUAAAUGUUGUUAAUGCUGAUCUUGUCUAUGAUGAACAUCAAAUUUCAAUUGAAGAACUUAUUCAUCGAUUUGAUACAGAUCUAAGAACGGGUUUAACAAAAAUACAAGCCAAACAACGUUUAGUUGAUGAAGGUCGUAAUCAUAUUGAACCACCUCAUGUUAGUAUUUCAAAAUCAUGUGAACGUUUUUGGUUACAACCUUAUAUAUUAUUUGUUUCAAUUUUAUCAUUACUUGCUAUACUUUGUUUUGUGGCUUUUGCUAUACAACUUAAUACACGUGAAGAUCCAACAUUUGAGAAUCUCUAUAUGCUUAUUGUAUUGAUAAUAUUCAUUCUUUUACCAAGUAUUUUUACAUUUGCUGUUAGCCAUAUAAGUGCCAACAAAUUACAAUAUUUGCGAUAUCAAAUAAAACAAGUAAGAAAAAAAAAAUUCUAA